UUUUUGUAGAGAUCUUAGAUGAACCAAGUUUCGUGAAGCCACGGGUGAUGGAGAUCAGCACCGACCCAGACACACCGAGCUGGACUGACCCAAUCCUCUCCUUCUUACGAGAUGGGAUAGUGCCUGAGGACAGGCAGGAGGCAAUGAAGUUGAGGAGGAAAGCAUCCCGGUAUACACUUGUUGAUGGGGUUCUCUACAAGCGAUCUUUUUCUCUACCUCUUCUACGGUGCUUGAAUCCCUAUGAAGCAGAAUAUGCCCUCCGGGAGGUGCAUGAAGGUGUCUGUGGAAGUCACGUGGGUGCUCGAACCUUGGCUCAUAAAGUCCUUAGACAGGGUUACUAUUGGCCCAACAUGUAUAAGGAUGCCACUCACUUUGUUCAGAGAUGUUUAAAAUGCCAGUUCUUCGCGCACCUAACUCACCAGCCUGCAGAACAGCUCACUACUCUGGUAGCACCAUGGCCAUUUGCUCAGUGGGGAUUGGAUCUUUUGGGACCAUUCGUGAAAGGAGUUGGCGGUGUAACCCACCUGAUUGUUGAUAUGGAAUCCCGAAUCAGAUUGUGGCUGAUAAUGGAACUCAAUUUAACUGCACCUCUUUUCGAGAUUUCUGUUCCAGUUACGGGAUUAAACUACAGUUCACCUCGGUUUACCAUCCGGAGUCCAACGGCAUGGUCGAAUCUGUUAACAAGUGCAUCUUAGAAGGUAUCAAGCCAAGACUGGAACAACACAAGGCCAAAUGG